AUGAUUCCUUUUACAAAUAAUUAUAAUUUUAUGAAGAAGAUUUAUCAAAAUUUAAUUACAGCAAAAGUAAAAAAGGUUAAAAGAUUUUGGAAACCAGUAAUAUUUUAUUUUUUUGGUGAUGGUAAGGCUAGAAAAUCUAAUCUUGUGCAAAAAUUGUUUUGUUCAGAAUUUUACUUGAAGAAAAAGAUGCAGAAGAGUGGAAGUACAUGGUGGAAUAGAUGGGAUAAUAUUGUAACUUAUUUGAAUGAUACUCCUGCAGAAGUUGAGGUUAAAC